UUGGUUUUCCAACCUUUUGGCGCUCACUUUUUCUACUUGCCUGACGCUUACUGAUGCUUCAAAAUCCACUUCUGUACUCUACGCUUCAAUGAUCAACAGGUUUGCCGAGGGUAUGUUAAUAUUUUAAUAUGCACAACAGGUUUUGUGUCGUGUAUUCCGGCUUGUAAGGUGUGAAAUCCACGACCGUCACGCGCUGUACACAACAGAAAUCUGAAAUAGUACACAGCAAACGAAAGAGUUGUUGUCGCAAGGUGGCAGGGAAGGUGUCGUGUUUGCGCAAGGAUUAGAGUAUCAAAUCCUUGAGCACCCGCACCGCUGCCAGGCCCGCUUCGCUGUGUCUCCGUCUCGGAAGCUCUUUCCUGUUCUCACCCACCCAGAUUCCAGUAAUGGCCACCGUUGGGGCAGCUUUGAGUACCGCUCUUGUGCCUCUGGCAACUACCGCUGUAGGUUUCCGUGCGCGCCUCUCGUCCGUGUUCAUCGUACACGCCUCUAAGUCGAGCAGAUGGGGCCUGGGCCGUGUCACUUGCAUGGCUUCCUACAAAGUCACGCUUAGGACUCCUACGGUGAUACACACAUUGGAAGUCGACGACGGUGUUACCAUCUUGGACGCCGCCGAAGAGGCAGCCAUUGACAUGCCUUACUCCUCCAUGUGCCGCAACGGUGGCUGCCCUGAAUGCGCUGGUGUGCUGGAGUUGGGGCAGGUCGACCAAUCCGCCGGCAAUUUUUUAGACAAGCAACAGCUCGGAAAGGGGUUUUGCUUGACGUGCGUGGCGUACCCCAGAAGCGACUGUACCAUCACCACCCAUCAAGAGGACCUUUUGAUUCGGAGUAUAGUCGCGGACAGCAAGAUUGAUACUCUGUUCUUCUGAGUAUGACAUUGAUGAUGCUGCAAUCUUACACUGGGCAGGCGCCAUGCUUCGCAGAUGGCCUGUCCUGAGGCACACUCAGGGUGUCACUCCCUAAUGCAAUGGCGACAAGGUCUAAAACCCUAAACCCUGAAUCUUAAACUCGUUUCUUCGGUUGCUAAACAAAUGCAAGCACUGCUAGAAUUAGAUGUCAUGUCAAUGGUGGUGGGGUCUCGUAGUAUUGUAAGGGGAUACUGAAAUUGUAAGGGUGUGAGAAUUACUAAUAUGUUCUGCAAUAUUUGCUAUCUACUCAUUACCUCAAUGGCAUCUACGCUGAUGUAUGGAGCUUCAAAUUUGAGAUAUGUAGUUACAACAUGCAGAAAGUCAA